AUGACAGUUGUAGAACUCAAGGCAGAGCUUAAGGCGCGAGGCCUGAGUGAAAAGGGUGUCAAAGCGGAGCUUGUGGCUCGGCUUCAAGAAGCUCUUAGCGCCACGGAACAAGAAGCUUCACCGGCGGCGGCGGACCCUGUGGCGGAGGGCGGUCAGCCAGAUCCGGCGCCGACCGAAUUACAGCCGGAGGCCGCGGGCGCAUUUGCAGCCGAACCUAUGGAUGCCGAAGCGAAUGCCGCGAAUCAGUUAGCACCAGAUGCAGCAGACGUGAAGGAGGAACCACUGGAAGAAGAGGCUGCUGCAGUGGCAGCGGCUGCUGCGGGGGUAGAAGCGGACGCGGUUGCCGAGCCUACGGUGAUGGGGCAACCGACUGACCUCGAGCAGCCCGAGACGGAGGUGACUAAUGAGGAAACGACAGAGAAAGAGAUGGUGGAGCCCUCGGGCGACAAUGUAAUUGAAAAGCAAAAGUCGCCGGAGCCAGCUAAGCAGCCAGAUUACGGGCCCGAGGAGUGGGAAACUAUGGACAUCCCCGAUGAGUAUCGGCCUUUGCCUGUCUUACGUGUGCGUAAUAUUAAGCAAGAAGCAAAGCCUGAAGACGUCAAGAAGGCUUUUGAGGACGCUGGUGUUCCUGUCCAUAGCGUGGAUUUCGAUAACGUUGAGCGCAACCGGCAUGUGGCUCUGCUCCGGCUGGCUCCUCCUCCGCUGCCCUGGAAACUUAGCAAGGAGGAGCUGGAAAAGAACCCGCUUGACGAGGCGUUGAAGAAGUACAUUGAGCGCAAAGAGAAGGAGGCACAGGAGGCUAAGGCAGCCGCCGAAGCGCAGAAAGCAGCGGAGGCGGCCGCGGCGGAGGCAGCUGCCAGGGAGGCAGCUGCUGGGGAAUCGGCUGCCGGUGAGCAGGCGACGGAUUCAGCAGCAGCGGAGGCGCAAGGUUUGGGAGCUGUGCCGGAAGGCGACAGCCCCGCGACAGCCGAUGCUACUGCGGGCUCUGCGGAAAUGUUCAAGGAGGCAGCAACAGAGUCGGAAGCAGCUGGUCCAGCAGAAGUCGUCAAGGCUGACGUCCCUGAAGGCAAUGUCCAUAAGCCAGAAGUCGCCAUCUCAUCGGAAGACGUCAGUCAGGCUCUUGCUGCAGGGGUAGAGGGAGGCGCCGCGCCUGCGGAGGGUGAUGGCGAGAAUCCCGCGGCCGAGGAUGCGAAGCCCGUGGAGGCGGACAAGGAGCCUGCAGUUGCCAGCGGUGACAGCAAGUCGGCAGCGCAAGCGCCGUCACACCCUGUGACCACGUCGCACCCACCCGUGGUACUUCACGUCGAUGACGGGCGAUCGGAUGGCGACGUGCUUAAAGUUGCUCGCUACACCGCCAUGCGCCUUAAUGCAUUGUCCUACCCAUUGACGCUUUUCGGUGACCGCCUCAUGGUUGAUGCGCCGACGCUCCAGUGCACCUUGUUCCUGGGGAACGUAACACAGGACAGCGACGAGCAGCUUAAGGCUGACAUGGCGGCGCUAG